AUGUCGGACCAAAAGCCAGCUGAUCCUGCGCCCGAACCCAAGCCCAUGGAGGCUGUAGAGGGCGACCAGCCUGAGGCGCCCGUUACUGCGGCUGAAAACACCGAAACUGCCAAGGAUGAACCCGCGAUCAGUGCCCCGGCCAAGGAAGAAGAACCUGCCAAAGACGCUAUCGCCAGCACCGCAGAGCCCGAAGCUACCAAGCCUGAUGAAAAGGUCGAGAAGCCUGAAUAUUUGACCAAGACCCCUGCGCUCGGCCAGUUCUUCGAUCGACUGCCGACCAUCCUCACCAGCAUCGGACACGAUGAGAUGUGGGGAGUACAGCUCAAGGACAGCGCCGAUGUUCCUACCGUCAAUGUACUCAUCAAGUUCCUGCGCGCCAAUGAGGGCAAUGUUCAGGCCGCCGAAGACCAGCUUCGCAAGGCACUCCAGUGGCGCAAGGACGUGAACCCACUGGCAUUGGCCGAGUCCGGCAACUACAGCGCUUCCAAGUACGGAGGUCUGGGAUACCUGUCAACCUAUGAGAAGGAUGGUCGCCCGCUGGUCUUUACUUGGAACAUCUAUGGAGCCGUCAAGGACGUCAAUGCGACAUUCGCAGACUCCGAUGAGUUUGUCAGAUGGCGCGCUGCUCUUAUGGAGCUCGCUGUGCAGGAAUUGAAGAUGAAGGAUGCCACCGAGGUCAUUGAGUAUGACGGCGAGGACCCCUACCAGAUGGUUCAGGUCCACGAUUACCUGAACGUCAAGUUCCUCCGAAUGGAUCCCUCCGUGCGUACUGCCACCAAGAAGGUCAUUGACGUCUUCGCCACUGCCUAUCCUGAACUCCUCAGUGAGAAGUUCUUCGUCAAUGUUCCUGCGAUCAUGGGCUGGAUGUUUACUGCCAUGAAGCUCAUCUUGAGCCGCAACACCACCCGCAAGUUCCAUCCCAUCACCAACGGUGCCAACCUGGCUCGUGAGUUCCCUGCUUCGGUCGUAGAGCAAAUCCCCAAGACCUAUGGUGGCAAGGGCCCAGAGUUGAAGGAUGGUGCUCGGAUUGUUCCGUUGGUGGAAGACAAGCCGGAGGUUAAGAAGGACAAGCAGGCUGAACAGCCUGCUGCAGCCGAGCUCCCAGAACAGGAAGCCCCUAAGCAAGUUGCCCAGGAAGAGCCAAAAGAGGGUGCUCAGUAA